AUAGGGCUGUUGCUGCAGCUGCUGUUUGCUCUGUGCUUCUUCUCCUACAUCCGAGUAUCCCAUGACCAACCCGGCCCCCCAGCUCCUGAUAGCUCCACAGGACCAGCCUCCACCCCAACUACCCCUGUCCCCAGACCCUUCCUCAUCUUACUGUGGACAUGGCCCUUCCACAGCCCACUGACUCUGUACCCCUGUUCCAAGAUGCUCCCAGGCACCGCCGACUGCCAGAUGACUGUCAACCGGAGCUUGUACCCCCAAGCAGAUGCAGUCAUCUUCCACCACCGAGAAAUCAGCCCCAACCCCAGGUCACUGCUGCCAAGUCAGCCGAGGCCGCCAGGCCAGCGCUGGGUGUGGUUCAGCCUGGAGUCACCCAGCCACUGCAGCAGGCUGUCAGCCCUGGAUGGACACUUCAACCUAACCAUGUCCUAUCGCAGCGACUCUGACAUCUUCACACCCUAUGGCUGGCUGGAGCCGUGGGCAGAGCCUCCAGUCCAAACCCAGGUCAACAUGUCUGCCAAGACUGACCUGGUGGCCUGGGCUGUGUCCAACUGGAACCCCAAGUCGGCUCGGGUGCUGUACUAUCAGAAGCUUCAGAGUCACCUCCAUGUGGACGUGUAUGGCCGAGGACAUAUGCCCCUUUCCCGAGGGGACAUGAUGGGGACGCUGGCCAGAUACAAGUUUUACCUGGCGUUUGAGAACUCACUUCACCCAGAUUACAUCACAGAGAAGCUGUGGAAGAAUGCUCUGGAGGCCUGGGCUGUGCCCGUGGUCCUGGGGCCCAGCAGGAAGAACUAUGAACGCUUCCUGCCCCCUGAUGCCUUCAUCCACGUGGAUGACUUUGAGAGCCCAGCAGACCUGGCUCAGUACCUGCAGAAGCUAGACAAGGACAGCCAGAGCUACCAGCGCUACUUCCGCUGGAGGGAGACGCUCAGGCCUCGCUUGUCUAGCAUGGCCCUUGCCUUCUGCCAGGCAUGCAGGCAGCUGCAGUGGGACCAGAGGUACCAGACGGUCCACAGUGUGGCCUCUUGGUUCCACUGA